AUGGGGCUAUUGAGGCUGACUCUCGCACCGACCAAGACGGAGGCGGUAAUCUUCCGUCCUCCUCGCUGCCGCAAAAAGAGACCUGUGACAGUAUGGGUUGGGCCAACUCAAGUCGCGACGCAACCACAUAUGAAGUACCUAGGUCUACAGGUAGACGACAGGUGGAAGUUUAGGGCCCACUUUGAUUACGUGGCCCGCAAAACCCACAAAGUGACCUGGGCUCUGAGCCGGCUUCUCCCCAACCUCGGAGGACCGCGGCAGAGUGUGCGAAAGUUAUACGCUAACGUCGUGCACUCUGUCGUUAUGUACGGCGCUCCGGUGUGGCACCGGGAGGUCGGGAUGGGCCGGACAGCUGCCCCAAUAGCCUCGGUUCAACGUCUUGUGGGAGGCCGGGUGGCGCGGGCCUAUCGAACCGCGGCCCUCGAAUCCGUUCGACUGCUCGCGAGGAUCCCACCUGUGGACCUGCUGGCCGGUGCAUACGCGGAAGCGUACGAGGCCAGAAAGGCGGAGCUGGGCAGGGCGCGAGCGACCGGCCGAGAUCUUAAUCCGGAAGAGGUCGGGCGAGCCCGGUCGGAGGCGCACGAUCGCAUGGUUCUGCGGUGGCAGCACAGAAUCGAGGACCCACGUCUCCAAGGAUGGAGGGUUAGAGAAGCGGUGGAACCGGUCCUGAAAGACUGGGCGAGUCGGCCGUAUCUCUGA